UCGCCAUUUUCUUUUACAGCAGCAACCCAGAUUAUCAAUUAUCCAUUGAAGAAAAUUUUGUUCGCAAGAAAAAGUGUUUUAUGAAUUCGCGAAAAAGAAAUUAGCUAAAAUUGAUAUUUCCUCCUGCCCUAUUAAUGCAAAUAAACAAUAAAAUAACUUCUUAAUUUGUGAAUAACUCUAGAUUCAGCAAGAAAACUACUUUUGAAAAUUUUGUUAAUUGAUUGUCCCUUGGAGAAAAAAAGCAUAUCUUUCUCCCAGGUGAUCUUAAUUAUUAAUCAACAACUUACCCAACACAUCAACGACGACGACGGGAUCCAAAAUCUUCACCUUCGUUCGUAUUAAUGUUGUUUGCAAAUAAAAAAAUAUAAUAACACAAAAUGAGCGUUAUUAUUCGGUUGCAAAACUUGCCAUGGUCGGCAAAUGCCUUGGACAUUCGUGGUUUCUUCAGAGGACUAGCCAUACCAGACGGUGGAGUACAUAUUGUUGGUGGUGAAAAUGGAGACGCGUUUAUUGCUUUCAGCACUGAUGAAGACGCUCGACAAGCAAUGAUGCACGAUCGUGGGAAAAUAAACGAAGUUCAAAUAAGAUUGCUUUUAUCAUCCCGGGCGGAAAUGCAGAAGGUCAUCGAAACAGCACGACAACAAUCUUUGGCAAUGCAAUUGAAGUUAACCGCUUCAGCAGCUAAGCCUGUUAUCCCGCAAAAUAAUAUUCAAGCGAUGCCUACUCCCCAGCCCCCAGUAAUAACUUCGAACUCACUUCAUACGAUCCUCUCAAACCAGUCCCUUCAAGUCAACAGCUUCAAUCCUAUCCAAGCAUACACUUCUGUUUCUCAGCAACAGCAAAAAGUUGGUUAUGCUGGAAAUGUUGAUGUUAAUAGGACAAGUCGUGAAACAUCGCGUGACCGGCGUCGUUCUGAUUCGAAGGAAAGGAGACGAUCUCGUUCCAACGAUCGCGGAAGCAAUCGUCGUCGACGUGAUCGAAGCCGAACUCGCAGUCGUGAUCGAAAGCUUCGCAGAGGAUCGAGGCGCUCAAGGAGUCGUGACAGAAGUCACGAAAGGAGUCGCGACAGAAGCCGGGAUAGAUCAAAUAGAGAUCGUAAUGGUAAUAGGGGAUCGCGCAAGAAUAGCAGAGAUUUUGAUAGUGGAUUCAAUAGUCAAGAUCGCAACGUUGAUAGGAAAAAAUCUCCGGAAAAACCAUUUGAAAACGAUCAGCCAAAGGUUCAACUACCUAUGAAUGUGUGGAAUGUUAUGCCGACCAACGCCUAUACAACUACAAACUUUGUCUCGAAUUAUGCUGCUCAGGCAUUGCAAAGUGCCGCUGCCGCUGGUGUUAUAGAUUCCGAUAUGAGUUCUCAUUUAAUAUCCAGUCCGUCUCUGAAUACUGGUAAUGUAGGCUUUCAUUCUGCGAAAGACAAUGCAAACAAGGCCUCAGGAGUUAAACCAGUUCAAGAUGUAUCGGCUCUAUCAUUUUUGAAGGUCAGCCAACUUGAGAACAGGCCCACGUUUGCUUUUCAAAACCCUUACACCCAGGCUUCAUCUAAUAUGAAAAAUGACUCAUCGCAAGGAUCAACUAUGAAGGACCAAAAUAACUAUAGGUUCCAACAGUCAAAUCAAUAUAACAAAGACGGUGGUUCUAAUAACCAAGAAACUUGGCCAGACGCUUUUGGAAGAAACAUUCCAAAAGGAGAAGUUGGUAAUAAACGAUUCGAGUUCCAAAGAAAAAAUGACAAGAAAGAUGCGGAGGAAGAAAAUAGCUGCGUUAAAAUAUCCAACAUGUGUCAAAGUACAAGCUACAGCGAUAUUCGGAGAUUUUUCUCGGGGCUUUAUAUUCCCAAUAAUGGCAUUAAGAUGAUCAACGAUCAACAUGGUCUGCGUGUGGGAACAGCAUACAUAAGAUUUGUACGCGCCCUUAAUGUUCCAAAGGCUCUAGUUCGUGACGGUACAAUGUUCAAGAAUAAAAAAAUCUCCUUGGAAGCUGUGAACGAUGCCGAUUUCGCCGAAGCUGUUGAUUCCUUUAAACCUUCACGAAAUAAUCGUUUCGGUCCCAAUGACAACAACGGUAGACCUAACUACGAUCCUCCGAGGUACAAUGAAAUCAACAAAGACGAUAGAGAUAAUUCCUCGUUUAGAGAUGACAAAUAUCGUGGUAGAGCUCAUGAUAAACCAUUUUCCAUACUAUACGUGAAAGACAUCCCGCCUUAUUCGACUCAGCAAGACGUCAUGAAGAUGUUUUCCUCAUACACAAUUUUUGAUAUUCUCCUGACCCAUAAACCGGAAAACCGCAGGGAUAUUGUUGCAUACGUCAAAUUCCACAGGACCGAAGAUGCGCAAGCAGCAUUUGAAGAGAAAGUAAUCCACAGAAUAAACCAGAGACCGGUACGGGUACACAUAGCUACUGAAGAAGAAUAUGAAGACGCAAAGGAAAGGGAGCGUAUAGAUACUGAGAGACAACUCAAAGAACAAAAGGAACAAGAGGAAAUAGAAAACAGAAAAAGAGCCGAGGCCGAAGAGAAAGAAAAGGCUGAAACAUCCAAAAAGAGCGAACAGGACCAAGACGAUCGUGGUGAUGGUGAAGAGGAGAACCAAAACCAAGAACGCAGCGGAAACGAUGAAAAUGAAGAUUCGCCACACUACACUAUCGACGACGAUGACGGCGAUGAAAAUGCCGAUUUCAAUCAACGUGAUGAGAAUGGCGAGGACUUCAAUAACGACGGAGACAAUUAUUCUAAUGGCUCACAACAACAAGGCCCAGUCAAUCCUCUGAAUCCCUUUAGUGGCAUUCCGAGUUUGCUAGAUAUACCAGGUCCUUCAAAAAACAAAAACAAAGAGCCUGAGAAAAAUUCUGACCCACGACUCCGUCAAGGUCGACCCUCUCGUUUCGAUAAUCCGAACACCAAUGAACAAAUAAGUCCUAGGAACACUAAUUUUAUCUUAAUAAAGAACUGCGAGUACAAAACUUCCAUUCAAACUGUUGGCGAAUACUUCGUGGCACAUAACUUUAUGCCAAAUCAUGUAGAAAUGCUCCGAAAUCAUCGCAACCAGCCCUGCGGCGAAUUUAUUAUUGAACUUCGGUCCGGCCAAGACGCCGAACAAGCGCUUUGUCUGAAUAAUAAUCGCCUUAAUAGCCGUCCUAUUAGAGUAUCCCUGAUAACCCCUCAACAAAUUGCCGAUAGACUGAACAAGCCUUUUAUGAAUUUCUUCCCAGGAGGCAAUCAACAGCAGCCCAACAACAACAUGAUGAUGAUGAUGCAGAACCAAGGUCCCAGACAAAACUUCAAUAAUAUGGGCGGCGGUAACUACAAUAAUAAUCGUAACGGCCAUGGAUAUCCAAACGACAGAAAUAACAUGUACACACCUGACAACAAUCAAAAUUUUAAUCAAAAUCAGUUCCGAGGAGGCAACAACAACAACAACAACGGAAUGGGGCCUCGUGGAUUCCAGGGCCCUAUGGGUAUGUCAAACGCUAGGAUCAACCCUUUUUCCAAUGCCAAUAUGUACGAUGACACAAAUCCCCCAAACAAUGAAAUUGUUGACCUCGACUGUGACUCGACUGGCACAGAUGAUGUUAACGACGACAUAAACGAUAACGCUGGUGCUAGUGGUGGCGUUGGCGUCGGCGGUAGUGGUGGCGGUGGCGGAGGGAAUGAUGGCAUUCCAGAAAAAUUCAGUCGGCCAGGAUGUGUUGUAGAAAUGGAAAAUGUACCUUACAGGGUUGGUUUAAAUGACAUUAUUGAUUUCUUCGAUGGUUACAAUGUGAAAGUUGAAGACAUUAUUCGCCGUUACAAUGACGAUGGAUCACCAACCGGCGAUGCUCGGGUCGCAUUUAACUCCGCGGAAGAAGCUAAAUCUGCUUUCGAAACCAAGCGACAAAAGACCAUAUUAAACCGAACGAUUUUCCUGAAUGUUUUAUAGACCUAGUACAUAGAUCGGGAACUCCCUCUUGAGAGUUUGUAAAUAUAUUCUAGUUUAUAAGUUUAUUUUAAAUAAAAUAUUACAAUAAUAUUAUUGAGUUAGGCUGGAAGUACAUUACACGUACCUAAUGAUGUAGGUAGUUGAAUAUAGUCACAAUUGCACUUCGGGUCUGGUAAGAUAGUUUGUGAAUAAAAAAAAUAUAACUAUCAUAAAAUUUGAAGAAUAAAUAAUAAAAAUAAUAAACCAAA